CUUCUCGGAGCUACAUCAAUGGAAGUAAGGGCUGGAGCUAUAGAGUUUCCCAGGACGAGACUAUGGCAGACGAGACCUUGGUUGAAGCUGCGCUUCGAGUCCUCAAUACUUCCGAUCCCUUCGAAAAGGCCGGACUAGGCGAUAAUGUAGCUUCUCGAUGGCUUAACGGUGCCAUUUCAAGCCUUUACGAUCCCUCUGCCGACCUUCCCGUCCCCGAUCGCCCUGCCAGGCUUUCCAAUGUUAAGUUGGUAUCGCCGAGUCUCAUGCCGAAGCUGGGGAAGGCGGGAAGCUUACAGAGCAGGCAGGCUAUUGUGCAUAGUCUAGUCCACACUGAAAGUUGGGCGAUCGAUUUGUCGUGGGAUAUAAUAGCUCGGUUUGGAAAACAAGAAGGAAUGCCAAGAGAAUUCUUCACUGAUUUCGUUAGGGUAGCUCAGGAUGAAGGUAGGCAUUUUACUCUUCUGGCUGCACGGCUUAAGGAACUGGGCUCUUUCUAUGGAGCACUACCUGCGCAUGAUGGCCUUUGGGAUUCUGCUAUUGCUACUUCCAAGGAUUUAUUAGCACGCUUGGCAAUCGAGCAUUGCGUUCAUGAGGCUAGAGGGCUGGACGUGCUUCCCACAACCAUUUACCGGUUUCGAAAUGGAGGUGACAAUGAGACUGCAGAUUUGCUGGAGAAAGUAGUGUAUCCAGAAGAAGUGACCCAUUGUGCUGCUGGAGUAAAAUGGUUUAAAUAUCUUUGCCAGAGGUCAAUGGAUAGGAAGUUGGAUGAGGAUGAUGAUGGCGCAGAGGAUAAUGCAAUGGAAAUGGAGAAGGAAGAAACCAUUAAAAAGUUUCAUGAAGUUGUGAGAAAGUACUUCAGGGGGCCAUUGAAGCCACCUUUCAAUGAAGUGGCUAGAAAAGCUGCUGGUUUUGGCCCUCAAUGGUAUGAACCACUUGCUUUCAAAACAGAUUCUACCUUCCAUCCACAAUGAGGGAAUGGAGCUGAAGUUCUUUUCCAAACUAUAAUUUUUCCAAAAAGAAAAAACAAUGAGGAAGAAGAAGAAAGGUUGAAAGGAAAGAGGAAGGUGUUGUUGGAUCAUCUGUGUCAUAUAGAUGGAUUGUAUCAAUAGACUGGGUCUGGAAACACGUUCAAGUCCUCAUGAAGUUUUCUAACUUUGCAAUAUUGUUGGUAUAGAUAUCGGCAUUUAGAACUUUGUUGAUUGUUAUGUUUAUGUUUAAAUAGGUUGUUGGCAAAUUUGAAAUUCUUUGUAAAACAAUUAAUCUAUUAUACUACAAAUUUGUGUUUGUGUUUAA